UAAAUAGCAAAGCCAUUGUGCCCCACGCCGGACAAGAAGGGAAGGGCUUUUUACGCGGUGCGUAUCCGAGUUGUAUUUAGUCGGGAGUGUGAGCUCGCUCACCUGUCAGGUUUGAACAGGUCAGCGCGCCCGCGGACCACGCCCCUGCUACUCAGGUAAGCAGGAAGUGGCUGCCUGUCAGCGUCGUCAUGCGGGACCUAGCCAAAAUUCAACUUUGACACACUGCAACUUUGGGGGGGGAAUUAACCUGGACCGCUUUUGGAAAUAAGGAAGAUUGCAGGCACAAGCGAACAUGCGGUUCGACAUCUGCGUGCCGCUCGGACUUUUCUUGUUGAUUUUUCUCCAAUUAUCAGAAUGCAUACAGUUGACAGUCCGGCCGGACAAAGGCAAAUCAGUGACUGUGUCAAGUAGCCCGGCUGCAGAUAAGUGUACGGUGUGUAUCGUCGGUGGGGCCAACGACACGCAAACGUGUGAUUCGAUUCUUGCUCUGGAGCCUGAGAAGGAGGUCGAGGUGCUCUUCAACUGCUCCGUUGAACAGUUUUACUUGGUUACUAUCAAUCAGCUCAUCGAAUGCACAAACGACACCUGCAAGCCUUCAACAAUAGAAACACAGCCGUCUCUCUUCAAUGACUUCCCCAGAACAUUCAUCUGGACGAUCAAGGCGCCUGAAAAGACAGUUGUGGGUUUGGAUGUCCUCGGAGAGGGACUGCGGGAAACGUCACAGCCGUGCAAUAAUGGAUAUCAGUAUUCAGUGACCACAUUUGAAGGGAACGGCAAAGCUGACACUCACUACUGCAAAGCGGGUUCUGUGACCCAUUUAGACCUGCUCGAUCAAGCUGUCGUGUCUCUGCAAGUUACACCAAAAACGCAGGUGGAGGCUGUGCUGUUCCAAGCGACUGCUGGACCACUAAAAGGUCGAACGGUGGUUGUGACGGUGGAUUCAAGCACGACUAUGACGCUCAGUAGGUUCUCGCAGGAACCGGAAUGCGAGCUGUGUACCGGGGUUGACUCGGCUCGCACUUGCAGCCAGACCGAGAAGACCCUGACCGAUGUCCAAAACCUGGCGCUGGAGUUCAGCUGCCUCAAACCUCAAGAUGCGUACAGUGUGGGGGUGAAAACGACAAUAGAAUGUACCCAGAGCUCAUGCACACCUACUGCAGGAGAGCUCAAUCCAAACACCUGGAAGGACUUUAGAAGAACUCUAAAAUGGGAUAUUAGUGUCCCAGACAGGACUGUCUUGACCUUGGAGCUACCUCGGGAGAACCUGAAGCAGAUAGCGGCGCAAGACAAAUGUCAAGAAGGACCCCAGUACUCGGUGAGCACAAAAAGAAGCAACGGGCAAAUCAUAACCAACAGAUACUGCAGAGGCGGACCGCGGUCACGUCUGGAUCUCCUCGGGACGACUGCCGUGAUCGUGGAGGUCCCUCAAGGAGAAGACAUGGACAGGACGAUUUUUACAACCAAAGCUGCACCCAGAGCUGGAAGAAUGAUGUCUGUGACCCCUGACCCGGACACCAUCAUUACUAUCAGCCGGGACACAGUCGACCCAGACUGCAACGUGUGUGUGCAAACAAUCCCAAAACAGACCUGUGACGGAAAAAGUCUAACCCUGAGAGAAUCUCAUAACACCUCCUUGGACUUCACUUGUCCUCACCCUGAGGAGAUCUUCAAUGUGGAGAUCAACAGAGAAAUUGACUGCACAGCGACUUCCUGCUCCGGCGAUAUUGUCCAGGCUGAGUCGUCGCUCUUCCCCGAUUUCAACCGAACCUUCACCUGGGAUCUGAAAGUUAGCUCGACUCGGGCUUUCCAGUUGGACUUCCCCGAGCCAGGAAUGCAGCAGAUUGCCAACGGAGAAACUUGUCCAGAUGAACACACCUAUGUUCUCAUUACGUAUCUGCGAACGGGCCCUGCCAAAAUCGGAACCUUCUGCAAGGGAGGUUCUGUCACGAGUGUUCAGGUGCGCUACAAGGGCCGAGUUUCUCUCCAGGUUCCUGGAGACAAUAAGAUGGAUCCGGUUAACUUUAAACUAAGUGUUGGACCUGAGACCAGCAUGGUGGCUAUUGUGAAGGUCAACCUACCACGAGGCGUCUCCAACACAACCUUCAUCUCGGCCAACUAUCCCAACGAUUUCCCUGACGACCAACAGACGCAGUGGGACUUUGUCGUGCCCGGCAUGCACAAUUAUAGCGUACAUUUUCACAGCCAUACGGCUCCGGAGUGCCUCGGCAAGAACGUAGAAGUGAUGUACAGGAAACAGGACAAGAAGAUGAUCAAUACGGGGCUGACUGACAAGCAGCCGGAGCAUCAGCAGGGCGAUUUUGAAAUGGUGCUGAAGAAUUGUGAAACGAACAGGACCUUGCAAGGACUCACUUUGAAAUACAGCGUGUCUGUUAUGAGAAGUGGUCACCCAGUUCUGUGCACAGUGGACCUGAGCAAACAGCCAAAAGUCUCCUUGCAGAUUGAGAAAGUGGGUUCCGAUCCUUACUGCGAGAUGAGCGUUAACUCUGAGAUUUCGAAAAAGAUAAACGUGGCUGCAGGCACUAAGGCCGACUUAUCUUUCCUCGACUGUCCCAAUGAAGAUGUGCAAUUGACCUCAAGUCAAGUUAUCGAUUGUCACAAUGUGGCUUCCUGCCCCGAGAGCCUCCUCACAGUGCCCACGUUGGAUUCCUGUCUACGGAUGCCCCUCCAUAGCUUUACCUGGCACCUCGUAAUCCCUCAGGACCGAACCAUCGACCUCGUGUCACCAUCGGGAAGUCUUCGACAGUCAGUACCAGGCCAGAAGUGCAAUGCUUCUGUCUCGCUACACGUGGAGGAGAGCCAAGGCUUCUCUGUGGGAGAUUUCUGCUACGACGGGAACAUCCAGAAACUUCAGGUGCACGCCAACAUCUCCGUCACGGCCACGACUCCAGAUUUCAGCAAGAGGAAAGAGCCUUUUCUUAAUGCCACCUUCACCAAAGAGAUCCCAGAGACCAUCAUUUAUCAAGUCAGCCCACAAAUGUCUUCUCCAACCCUGCUGGCCACUCCCAACUGGCCCAAAGGAAUGAGGCCUUCGUCCACCGUGUCCUGGAUCGUCUCUUUGCCGAGCGGGUACAAGGCUCAGGUCCAGUUCGUCAAGGUCAGCCAGCCCAAAUGCAACGACCGACACACGUCCAUCAAAGUCAAGAUGCUGGACUCUGAGGAGGAGAUCCUGAGCCGCCGGGAGGACGAGAAGACCGACGACGUGUUACUGGUGCCGCGCAGCUUUUAUCUCAAUAUGUCCAACUGUAUACCAGAUGAUGGAAACUUUGGGGCAGUCACCAAAAUCGUUUUAGAACCAAAGACCAAUCUUUUAGCAAUCCUUCUCGGGAUAGCAGGAGCACUUCUGCUUUUCCUCAUCAUCUUGGCUGUCGUCUGCUUCUUCAUUAGGAAAAAGAAAAAAGCAAUCAAGGACAAAGAGGCAUCCAUCUACAUUGGCAGAGGGAAUAUGUUCCGACCCGGUGACAGGAAAUUCAGCAAAGCCAGGUCUGAAAACGACUCCCACGUGUACGCCUCCAUAGACGAGACCAUGGUCUACGGUCACCUUCUGGGCGACACCAGCUACGCGGACAGCAUGCAAGAUCAUUUCAAAGGAAUGCAGUUGGACUCCUACCAAACGUUCACGGGCCCCUCCGAGCUGCCGGUCAUCAGCGAACCGGAGCCGGAGCCCGAGGUGGACCACUUCGAUACGUUCCUGGACCCGUCCCAGUCGUUCAUCCCGCCUCGUCCGCGCACGCCCAUUGACCGGCAGGACAGCCUGGGAUUCCAUGACCGCCGAAUGGUGGAUAAUGAACUCUACACGUUCAAAAACACGGGAGAUAUAAACACCAUCCGAUUGUCCGGUGCCGACAUGGAACCGCAACCGCCAACAUCAGAGGACUACUUGUAGGACGUAAGAUGCCGAAUGAUGAUUUUAAUUCUUGUUACUUCUCAGAGAUGGGAACUUCUGUGCCUAUAAGUCACGCUCAGGGAAUUCAGUUGAAACACUUGAGCUUUAUCUGAAUUUUUAAAAGCUUCCAGAAGAGGAUCUGAGACCUUUUUGUUUUUUUAUGUUGCUUAAUAUUUUUUAUUCUCUCUGCCCAUGUGGUUUGGGUUAUGGAGCAGGGAAAUUAUGUUUUAGUCUCUUUUUUUUUUUUUUUUUUAACCUGUAAUUACUUUUUAUAACAAUAAAUUUGAGGGGAACACUGCCUUUAUUGGA